AUGACAACUACCCCAGCUUUUCCGUUGGCCUCCAAAAGGAAACGUGUGAUUAAGCUGUGCUGCCUAGGAGUUCUAUUCAUUACACUAGCUUACGCGAUCAUUGUGAUUGAUCCCACCGAAGUCAUUGUCGAAAAUAAAUUAUCCAUGUUCGAGGGCUCCUACCUGCACCGCCUAUGGAAGAAACCGCCCCUAGAGGUAUUCAUCAGCAUUUACGUGUUUAACAUUACCAACCCGGAGGAGUUUAUGAGCGGUAACGAGCGACUACGUGUGCAGGAAGUCGGUCCGUACGUGUACCAGGAGUUUUUGGAGCACCGCAACUCAACCUUCAACCCGAACGGCACGCUCAGUUUUGUGCCCAUCAGGCGGCAGGUUUUCGUUCCUGAACGGUCGGUCGGUGAUCCUCAGGAGGACCGCAUCAUGAUACCUAACAUAGCGCUGCUAGGUGUAUCCAGUGCCGCCUAUCGAAUGUCAUCGUUUGCGGCUUUCGCUGUGGCAGCCGCACUGAAGCCACUCGGCAUGUCCCCCAUCCUGAAUAUUACCACGCACGAUCUGCUCUGGGGGUACGAUGACCCGCUGGUGCGGAUCGCUUCGUCGCUGCUUCCGGAUAUAAUUCACUUCCAAAAAAUAGGCGUUUUAGAUCGGAUGUUUGACGAUGGCUUUGAUACGGUUACCAUUAAUCUGCCCGAAUCGGUACGUAACCAGCACCGUAGCGGCGAGGAUGGCACCUUAGACGACGAAUUGUCGGACGAAUUGGUGGAGAGCCUGCACGAUGACUACUAUCACGAAAUAGUUUCGCCCCGGCCUGCCGAUGAGGAACCGAUCAGAGAUUACUCGAUCGACUUAUGGAAUGGAUCUCCGGGACUGGCGCAUUGGGGCUACGUGGCAAAGGAUCACUGGGAUGCUGAUAGAAGAAAUACUCCGUGCAACACGCUGCAAGGAGCAUACGAUGGUUCCGUUUUCCCUCGCAACAUCUCCAAAACGGAGGUGUUUAAAGUCUACCGAAAGGCUUUUUGCCGCACGCUCCCAAUCGCCUUCGAGCGGGAAGGCGAAGUGGAUGGAAUAAAAGCGUAUUGGUUUUCUAUACAAGAAAAUGCAUUUGAGAGCUCCGUAGACGAUCCGUACACAUCAUGCUAUUGUAGAAACAACCAAUGUCUUCCCAAGGGUCUCGGGGAUCUGAGUCCUUGUUGGUACAACAUACCCGUAGCUGUUUCGCUUCCACACUACUAUAAAGGUGAUCCACGGCUUUCACAGGCGAUUGAUGGCUUGAGUCCAAACAAGGAAAAGCACGAUGCCGUUAUCAUUAUGCAACCGCAACUAGGCAUCCCAAUGCAAGCCAACAUUCGUGUGCAAAUCAGUCUGCUUACGAACAUUAGCUUCAACUCUGAGCUGAAGCCGUUCCACAACUCUGUUAUUCCACUGAUUUGGGCCGAAAUGUCGCUGGAAAAGCUUACGCCGGAAUUGAUUCUCCUGCUGAACAUCCUAUUUGGAGUUGCACCGUACCUUCAAACCGGACUUGUAUGCUUGCUAGCGCUACUGGGAGCUUCACUACUCGCCACCGCAGGCCUGGUGCUGCUCUGCUCGACCGAAGCCACGACGUUCGAGUACGACCCACGCAAGUCGAUCCGGUAUUCCACCGUCAACAUGAUACCGUACCCAUUACGGAAGGAGCUGGAAAAGUAUGGAGAGAGCGAAGUACGACGAGAGCCCUUGCUGAUAGAAAACUGUGCAUGA